CCUGAUGUGGCUGCAGCUGCGCGCGCGCACUGCCGUUACACCGAUUUGACUGGAAGAAGCGAGCGCGAGCCGCGGAAACGGCGGAAUAAGGAGGAGGAGGGAGGCACGAGAAGGAAGACGAGUGUGUGUGUGUGUGUGUAUGUAAGUAAAGAGAGAGAGAGACAGAGAGAGGGGGGAAGGCUGCUCGCGGACGUGGCGGCUCCGGGGCUGAGCGACGAGCCCGCGCGCGUGAGAGAGGGGGCAAAAAAAGGCAAUGCACCGGGGAACCUGCAGGGUCCAGAAUCAGGGAAGACAUCAGCAGUGCUGCUAAGGGACAGAUCUGGUAAGGAUGGAUGAGGUGGGGACGGAGUGUAUCGCGCUGGGCCUGAACGCUCUGGCCUCGGAGUGUAUGUCUCCCGCUCUGGAGCCGCUGCGUGCCGAGUGUGUGACGCCAACACUCGCCAUGCUAAACACGCUUAGUUCGGAGAUUGCAGAGCCGACCGCCAUGUUGCCCUGUGUAAAGAGCGACCCCGAUUUGGAGCUGGUACCGAUCCGCACCGUGGACGUAUCCCAGAUCCAACCUCUGAGUACCGCAGAGCUGGGAUCGGAACACGUCAGGAUGGAGAUCAGCGGCCUGGAGUACAUCAAGUCAGAUUUGCACUCCUUCCACGGAGCCGAGUUAGACUCGUAUAAGUCGAGUUACGAUGCCUUUGACUACGUGUCACAUGACAACCUGGACUACAUCAAGUCGGACCAGAGUUCUGACCUGCAGUGUUACUAUGCAAUGGAACUUGAGGCUAGCCGGUACGAAUACGACUCAACAUUUGCAUCCGAGAAAUCAGAGACAUCGGAUACGGCGGAGUCAAAUAUUCUCGAGUCCAUCCGCAUGGCGGAGCUCCGCACUGAGCUCAACAAGCUCCGUCCUGAUACUAUUAUCGAGUUUUCGUCCGCUCACAUGUAUGACAUGCAUUCUGCAAAUGCAAACACAAACACCACGAGUGCAGACACUGCAAAAGCAAAAACGCAACCACGCAAACCUCGCAACCCGACAGGCGAAAAGCCAUUCUCCUGCACUCAAUGCGGAAAGAACUUCAGCACUCUGGGAAACCUGAAGACGCACCAGCGGAUCCACACAGGCGAGCGGCCAUACUCCUGCUCGCAGUGCGGCAAGAGCUUCGGUCAAGCAGGCAACCUGAAGCGGCACCAGCUGAUACACACGGGUCAGAAACCCUACAAUUGCAGCUUCUGCCCCAAAGGCUUCACCAAGGCAGAUGAUCUACGCUCGCACCAGCGAAUCCACACAGGCGAGAAGCCGUUCACCUGCGACGAGUGCGGAAAGGCGUUCUUCCACUCCAAGGAACUAAAGACACACCGUCUGGUACACACGGGCGAGCGGCCGUUCUCCUGCCAGCAAUGUGGCAAGGCGUUCACGAAAGAGGUCAGCUUCCGUAACCACCAGCAGAGCCACACGGGCGAGAAGCCAUAUAACUGCGUGCAGUGUGGAAAGAGCUUUGGGAACUCGGGUGUGCUCAAGACUCAUGAGAAGAUCCAUAGUGGGGAGAAGCCGUUUCAAUGCACGCAGUGCGGCAAGAGCUUCGGCCGCCUCGGACACUUAAAGGCACACCAGCAGAUCCACACGGGUGAGAAGCCGUACUCGUGCUCGCAGUGUGGCAAGUGCUUCAGCCAGUCAGGUCACCUUAAAGCACACGAACAGAUCCAUAAACGAGAGAAAGCGCAAUAACCAAGAACGAGUGCAGCUACAACAACAUGAUGGAGCAUAGAAGAUAAAACAAAAUGUUAAUGUUCGCAGUACCACACGCACACACAUUUAGUUUACUUAUUUAUGAAUGACUAAUGGUUUUCUGAUUUAUCAUGUGCUUAUCUGUCGGUCCACCUCACAGGUAUGAUCAGUUGGGAUCAGCAGUAGACACAGGUACGAGUAAUAUGUGUAGCCACUGGUGGACAGACCAGUAAUUUCAGUAUGAGGCAAGAGAUCUAUGCUAUAUUUGUAGCUACCAAGUGGACAAGACUGGUUGAGAUCAGCGAGGUGUUUAUCCCAGUCCAGCAAGGAGAACCCCAUGGAGCAUUUCUAUCUUGGUGUGGUUAACCUCCAUGCGGUUCUUCGUGCUGGGAAACAUUACAGUGUCCCCCUUCCAAAUCCUGUGGAGAUCCUCUGGUCUUUUAAAGGUCUUGCUCCUGGUUUCUUAGGUACCCCAUGUUUAGACACAAAGCUUGAGCAGGACUGAAGUCAUGGCCAGACUCGAGGGUGUCCUUCAUGUCAUGUGAGGAGAGUAGAUCACGGCUCACUGCCAAAAUAUUAGGUACACAUUGAGUGCUGUACUGUAUUUGAGACCUAAGGUCUUUUAGAAUUGAAGCACGUGCUCAUUACCUCUGUGGGGUAAUAGUACCUCCAUACACACACCUUCAGCAGUAUUAAUGCCUAGUAGUUAGGUUCCUGUGGAACCACGGGCACACAGAGCUCUCACUUUGCCAGUGGGUUAAUGAACAGAUAUAUGGUUUGUCCACUUAAUUAAACACAUUCCAUGCCAGUUAAAGUGUAGUGUACAGGACCUUACUCUGCCUCUUAUUGGUUACUUGAAUAUUUUGGGUGGAUUUGGUUCUACCUGCGGGUUCCUCUGUCAACUUCUCAAGCUGUUGAAAUGCACGUUUUUAGGACCAAAUAAUUUUUCCAGUCUCAGCACUGACCUUUCAGAAUGGAAGGGAAAUCUGUCAGGUUAUGACAUCACAAAUCUUGGCACUUGGACCCGGACUAUCUUUGCACUGACCCUAAUGCAAUACCAUUAGCUGACACCAGUAUAGCUAUAUUAGCUGAUCUUAUUAUUUAUCCAGCAUUAUGGUGAAAAAGCUGAUGAUUUUAGUCUACACAGCGUCUUUGAUGUGCAGAAGAACAUCAGGUUUGCGUCACUAUUCUCCAACAAUCCAGUUAGAUUCAAAGAUCCCUCCCCCUGAGAAUGAAAAAAAUAAUAAAAGACAUUCAUAAAAAAGUAACCUCAGUUAUUUUAGACUUUUUAAGAAGAAUGUUAAUAUAUUGAUUUUCUCUUCUAUGCUCUAUUACACACACCUCUCAAAGUAUUAUCGUUUUUUUUUUUUAAAGUCUACAUUAUAUAUAAUUAUAUAUGUUUUCAUACCUGUUUGUGACUGAUUUGCUAUUAUGCAAGUGUCUUGCUUUAAUAUGUCGGGGAGGGAGGGGGGCAAGUAGAAAAGUUUUAUAUCCGUUUUAUCUGUUUAUAUCUGUUUUAGUGACGAUUUCUUUUCAUACUCACCGUGUACACGUUUAUCAAGAAAUCAUAUAAUUCUUUAAAUCAUGUACUGGAACGAGUUAUUAAAGAAACUAAUGAAAAAUUUAA